AUGUACAUCAGUGUUGUCAGUAGUAUAAAAGCCAGCAGCAGCAGCUCAGAGCAACAAGUUUCCAAACCAGGAGAAGUUCCCUGUGACGUCUGCACUGGAACCAAACUGAAGGCCCUGAAGUCCUGCCUGGUGUGUCUGGUCUCCUACUGUGAGACUCACCUGGAGCCUCAUCUGACAAUAUGUGUGCUCUGCACUGUUUUAGACCACAAGACACAUGAUGUUGUUCCUCUGAAAGAAGAAUAUGAAGGAAAGAAGGCCGAGCUGGGGAAGACUGAGGCUGAAAUUCAGCAGCUGAUCCAGAAGAGACGACUGAAGAUUCAGGAGAUCAAACGCUCAGUGGAGCUCAGUAAGGAAGGUGCAGACAGAGAGAUAGCAGAUGGUGUUCAGGUCUUCACCGCUCUGAAGGAGUCUGUUGAGAGAAGCCAGGCCGAGCUCAUCCACACGAUCAAAGAGAAGCAGAGAAAGACAGAGAAACAGGCUGAAGGCUUCAUCAAAGAGCUGGAACAGGAAAUCUCUGAGCUGAAGAAGAAAAGCUCUGAGGUGGACCAGCUCUCACAGUCUGAAGACCACCUCCACCUCCUCCAAAGCCUUCUGUCCCUGAACGCUGCUCCAACCACCAAAGACUGGACAGAAGUCAGCGUCCAUCCACCUUCAUAUGAGGGGACUGUGGUGAGAGCUGUGAAUCAGCUGGAGGAGACACUCAGUAAACAGAUGAAGAAGGUUGAGCUGAAGAGGGUCCAGCAGUAUGCAGUGGAUGUGACACUAGAUCCUGAUAAAGCAAACGCCUGGCUCAUCCUGUCUGAUGAUGAGAAAGAAUUUUACUGUGGUGAUGUAAAGAAGAAUCUUCCAGACAAUCCAAAGAGAUUUGAUUAUUGUCCCUGUGUCUUAGCACAGCAGAGUUUCUCUUCAAGAAGAUUUUAUUACGAGGUUCAGGUUAAAGGGAAGACUGACUGGGAUUUAGGAGUGGCCAGAGAGUCGAUCAACAGGAAGGGAGUAAUCUCACUGUCUCCUCAAGAUGGUUACUGGACGAUAUGGUUGAGGAAUGAAAAUGAGUACCAAGCGGCUGCUGGCCCUGGAGUCCAUCUCUCUCUGCAGUCUCAGCCUGAGAAGGUGGGGGUGUUUGUGGAUUAUGAGGAGGGUCUGGUCUCCUUUUAUGACGUUGAUGCUGCAGCUCUUAUCUACUCCUUUACUGGCUGCUCCUUCACGGAGAAACUUUACCCAUACUUUGGUCCCGGUCUUAAUCAUGCGGGUAAAAACUCUGCCGCUCUGAUCAUCUCUCCUGUCAAUCGCACUGAGUAG